CCGCCGCCAUGGCCACCACGGUGACCUGCACUCGCUUCACCGACGAGUAUCAGCUCUACGAGGAUAUUGGCAAGGGGGCUUUCUCUGUGGUCCGACGCUGCGUCAAGCUCUGCACUGGCCAUGAGUACGCGGCCAAGAUCAUCAACACCAAGAAGCUGUCAGCCAGAGAUCACCAGAAGCUGGAGAGAGAGGCAAGGAUCUGCCGCCUUCUGAAGCAUUCCAACAUCGUGCGUCUCCAUGACAGCAUCUCCGAGGAGGGCUUCCACUACCUGGUCUUCGAUCUGGUCACUGGUGGGGAGCUCUUUGAAGACAUUGUGGCGAGAGAGUACUACAGCGAGGCUGAUGCCAGUCACUGCAUCCAGCAGAUCCUGGAGGCUGUGCUGCACUGUCACCAGAUGGGGGUCGUCCACAGAGACCUCAAGCCCGAGAACCUGCUCCUGGCCAGCAAGUGCAAAGGGGCCGCCGUGAAGCUGGCUGACUUCGGCCUGGCCAUCGAAGUGCAGGGGGACCAGCAGGCGUGGUUUGGGUUUGCGGGCACGCCUGGCUACCUGUCCCCUGAGGUCCUUCGCAAGGAGGCAUAUGGCAAGCCCGUGGACAUCUGGGCAUGUGGUGUCAUCUUGUACAUCCUGCUCGUGGGCUACCCGCCCUUCUGGGACGAGGACCAGCACAAGCUGUACCAGCAGAUCAAGGCCGGGGCCUACGACUUCCCAUCCCCCGAGUGGGACACCGUCACUCCCGAAGCCAAAAACCUCAUCAACCAGAUGCUGACCAUCAACCCCGCCAAGCGCAUCACGGCCCACGAGGCCCUGAAGCACCCGUGGGUCUGCCAACGCUCCACAGUGGCCUCCAUGAUGCACCGGCAGGAGACCGUGGAGUGCCUAAAGAAGUUCAACGCCCGGAGGAAGCUCAAGGGAGCCAUCCUCACUACCAUGCUGGCCACGCGGAAUUUCUCAGUGGGCAGACAGACCACCGCUCCGGCCACAAUGUCCACCGCGGCCUCCGGCACCACCAUGGGGCUGGUGGAACAAGCCAAGAGUCUACUCAACAAGAAGGCAGAUGGGGUCAAGCCCCAGACGAACAGCACCAAAAACAGCGCGGCCAUCACCAGCCCCAAAGGGACACUCCCUCCCGCCGCCCUGGAGCCUCAAACCACCGUUAUCCAUAACCCAGUGGACGGGAUUAAGGAGUCUUCCGACAGCACGAACACCACCAUAGAGGAUGAAGACGCCAAAGCCCCCAGGAUCUCUGACAUCCUGAACUCGGUGAGGAGGGGCUCGGGGACCCCCGAAGCCGAGGGCCCCCUGUCAGCGGGGCCCCCUCCCUGCCUGUCUCCGGUUCUCCUAGGCCCCCUGCCCGCCCCGUCCCCCAGGAUCUCUGACAUCCUGAACUCGGUGAGGAGGGGCUCGGGGACCCCCGAAGCUGAGGGCCCCCCGCCUGUGGGGCCCUUGCCCUGCCCGUCUCCGACUCUCCCCGGCCCCCUGCCCGCCCCGUCCCGGAAGCAGGAGAUCAUCAAGACCACAGAGCAGCUCAUCGAAGCCGUCAACAACGGGGACUUCGAGGCCUACGCGAAGAUCUGCGACCCAGGCUUGACCUCGUUCGAGCCCGAGGCGCUGGGCAACCUGGUGGAAGGGAUGGACUUCCACAGGUUCUACUUCGAGAACCGGCCGGCCGCGCACCAGCCAGUCGGAGGAGACGCGCGUGUGGCACCGCCGCGACGGCAAGUGGCAGAACGUGCACUUCCACUGCUCGGGCGCGCCCGUGGCCCCGCUGCAGUGAGAGCCACGCCUGGUGUCGCCGGACAGUUGGUGUGGGAGCCCGGCCGCCCUCGGCACGGCCUGCCUGUCGCAUGUUUGUGUCUGCCUCGUCCCCUCCCCUGGUGCCUGUGUCUGCAGAAAAACAAGACCAGAUGUGAUUCGUUCUCAAAAGUGAGAUGACGACCGUGACAACCCCAAAAAAAAAAAAAAAAAAAAAAAAAAUUAAAAAAAAAAAACGACAUCGGAUGAAAAAUGGAAACAAAAACUCAAGAAAGGAAAACGCUGUAAAAACCACUGGUGUUUGCGGGCCGCGCCUGCCCAGCUCCAUGAGUGUCUGUGGCGCCCCCUUGGCCUUGGGGGUCCGCCGUCGGGAUGUGGCCCGCGGGCCUCCGCGUGGACGGUGUGAGCUUGUGCGUGCGCUCCCGCGCUGCUCCCGGCCAGCAUGGCCGCGUGGGCGGGCCCCGGAGGGCUGUGUCCGCGGGCUGCUGCCUUCCCGCUAGUGGUGCCUGAAGCCGCUGUCUGCUUUCCCUCUGCUCCCCUCAUCCCGUGAAGGGCUGGGUGAAGGCUUGCUGGGCCCGGAGCCCCUGUCCGUGGACGGCCCUCGCUUCCGGACCAGCCUCCAGGGCCAUCAGAGAGGCCGCUGGCCUGGGCUCCAGCCCGGGCUCUCCCGGGGAGCGAGGUGCAGGACUUCCCUCGGCUCCAGGCCUCGCUCUCGGCAGGCCGACCGAGGACCCGCUGGCUGCAGCUGGCCUCUCUCCCACGGGGUGCCUGUCCCUUUCCUGCCACCCAGCAGCACCCCGCAGCCCUCCUCCGAGUGUCAGCAGAUUGCAAAGGACUGUGGGUCUCAAGUCCCCGACACAUGCUGGGAGCAGGCUGGGAGAUCUGGGCUGUCCCCUGCAGAGGGUGGCUGGACGGCUCACACCUUGGUUAGGUGAUGCAGCGAGAGGCAGUGGUCAGAGCAGGGCUGUGGGCUCCCGGGCGGAGCCAGGCGAGGGUCCGGGCAGUUGUCUGCUACCCUGGAGCCUCGCGUUGGGGCAGAGAACAGUGAUGUCCACAGGGGGCGCCAGCAAGGGCGAGGACUGGCAGGUGAUGUG